CAUUAAAAAGAAGCCAUCUCAGUACAAUUUCGGACUUGCGAUGGCAUCUGCUGUAAUCAGUUCAGUUCCCUCCACUGCAUCUCGUUUUGCUUUGCUACAACUAGACAGUGAUACUGAUUCAGAGCCUGGAAAGGGCAGAAGCAGCCGAGGUGCUGGUAAAUCUCAAGCUUCAGCAGGGAGAUCUUCUACAAAUGAGAAGAAACGAGAGAAAAGGAGAAAAAAGAAAGAACAGCAGCAAAGUGAAGCUAAUGAGCUCAGAAAUCUUGCUUUUAAAAAGAUUCCUCAGAAAUCCUCCUAUGGAGGCUAUCUAUCUCAGCAUGAACAAGCAUUGCACAGCACAAUGCAGAAGGACUCUCAGGAAGAAAACUGGCAAGAAUGGAGGCAAAGAGACGAGCAGCUGACAUCUGAAAUGUUUGAAGCAGAUCUUGAAAAAGCACUGGCUUUUCAAAGGCUUGAAUUUAAAAAUAAAUCACUCAGCAAAAAGAAAGAGCACAAAAAGGAAUAUGAAAACAUUGAAAAUACUUCACUUCAGUCAAAGUCUGUGAAUAAGAAAGAGAAAAAAAAGAGCCAGCAAGGAAAAGACAAACCUCUCACUGUGUCUCUGAAAGAUUUUCAGUCAGACAGUCCUAUAGAUAACCUUGCUAAAAAACAUGAGGAACUGAGUUCUGCACAGUCUUUUUUACAUGAUGGAGGAUUUUUCAAUAGGCUGGAAGAUGACGUUCACAAAAUACUUAAAAGCGAAAAGAAGAGAGACCAGCUCACCGAGUACAAUGGAAUGGAUGACACUACAUCUCAUGAACACAGCCAGGAGGGUGUUUUGAAAGAUGGAAAAACAGAACGACUAAAGCUCGAACUUGAAAAGAAAGAUACAGAAAUUCAGCAAUUGAAAAAUAUAAUAACUCAGUGGGAGGCAAAGUAUAAGGAAGUAAAAGCAAGAAAUGCACAGCUUUUGAAGAUGCUACAAGAAGGUGAAAUGAAAGACAAAGCAGAAAUACUCCUACAGGUUGAUGAAUCGCAAAGUAUCAAAAAUGAAUUGACCUUACAGGUAACUACACUUCAUGCUGCAUUAGAACAAGAACGAUCCAAAGUGAAAUUACUGCAAGCAGAAUUAACAAAAUAUCAGGGUGGGAAAAAAGGGAAAAGGAACUCAGAAUCUGAACAGUGCAGGUGAUCUCCUCUGAUGCCAGAUCCAAAGCAAAAAACAUCAAAUCUUUCUUCAGGGUUUCGCAAAAAUUUUUAUUUGUUGUAGAACUGCUCAACUAUGCAGUAUUUUGAAGAGAAAUUAGCAAUUACUCGUUUGACUAACAUUCUGAAUAAUUGAUUUGUUGCACUUUCUCCUAAAGAAAAAUUAGAAAACUAGUAUUCCGGCAAAGCUCAAGUUU